CAGUAGUUCCGGUUUGUGACGUUUGUCCCAUUUGUCACUCACGGGUCCAAAUAUAGGCGAGUGUUUAUCCCGUCUGGCUGCGUAAACAAUAGCAAGGCAGUAAUUACUCCCGAUUACUCAUUAGCCGCUCUUUCGGAGCAUAAUAUCGACCGAGGACUAUAUAACGCCAAUCACGACACAUUCUGAUAUUAUGUCGGACGGAAUCAACUGAUUGGGGCAAUCGGUGGAGUACAUCAAACAGCGGAUUUACUCUCUGUUAGAUCUGGAAAACAGUGGUUUUGAAAUAUCUACUUUUCCAGAUCGGACACGGCAAGGAAAAUUGUUAUUUUUACCCGGAUAUUUGACAAGAAAUCGAUGAUUCAGAUUGUUGACAAACCGGAGUAUAACCUAGAUACAUCAGAUUUGGAGAAAAUUUGAUCCGCUGAAAAUUCAUUUCUUUUCCCAUCGACUGGACAUCGGACACUUUGGAAUUCAACCGCUUCCGAACUUUUUUAUCAUCAUUCUCCAUUUUUGGGACUGCGUCGGCAGCAUGAUGAAUGCCGAUGAACUAGUGAGGUUGAUACUUCUCACUACUGCCACCCUCCUCUGCCUUAUAUCACCCCCCGCCCGAGGAUGUUGUCUCCCGGACUUCUCCUCCAUGGACGUCAGCGUCUCCGUCAAUGUCACAUUCCCUCCAACAAUGCCACAGCAGUGGAACAUGAGAGUAUUCACAAAAGCAAGCAUCCACACGAACUUCCGUCGACAAAACUUCCGAAUCGAUCUCGGUCCACUGGUGAUGAUGAAGGCCAGGGGUCGACCUUUGACCCUGAUUGAUGAGGCGAGCUUUCUGUUGGACAAACGAGGUGGUGUACUGACCGCCUACGUCAAGGCUCACGGUAACUCAAACUGCAUGGAAGUGCCAAUAUAUGGAAAAGUUGGAAAAGAUUACCAAUGCUUCACAGAUACUCCUUUUUCGUCGAUCGUCGAACGCGAUGAUGACGUCACGACUUACCUAUUGCGACUGAUGAGACGGGCAUCACUACGUGUCGAGAUGGACGAUAAAUGUCGACCAAAACAUAUGAAAGAGGUAGUGAAGAUACCAAGACGAGGUAUAGUGCGAGUGACUUUGACGGCUAGUCUCAAAUUUGUCAACCGGAAGCGACUUCUGAGCAGGCGGAAGUUUUUAAAACCAUGUGACCAGCCACGGAAAGUAUCGAACAAGCGAAUAAAGAUUCCUUCCUUUAAAAGAAUGAGGCAGACACUGGCUACUGGCUGGUUCACCCAGUUUGCUCGAGGAAGAUAGAGACUUCUUUCAUGACCCGCAAAGGAAAUUAAUCAACUAUGGCUUCUUAGGUUAAUUAACCAAUGAAUGGUGUAAAAAAACAAAUGCAGUGAAAGCUCGUUUUCCCUAAGAUCCCCAGAUCGCCGAUCUGUGCACCUGCGCUAGAAAAAAAUAGUACGCACAAUUUUCAGUGUUUAGGUCUCAAGUACGCAACUAUUUUCUGGCUGAAUGUACAGAAACAAAUAAUGGUAUGCGUACUUUGGCUUGAUAACGCCUAUUUAACGAGUCUAUUGCAUUAUGCAUUGCCUUUCAACGAGAGAUUCCGCCGUGCGAAAUUUUCAAGAAUAAAAAUGACGUCACCGCUUUAAACUGUAAAUAUAUUUCAUGAAACUGUUUGUAUUAUCAAUUGAUAUGGAAAUUACACUUUCUGGUAUGGUUUAGGGUGACUUUAUGAGGAACUAUUGUCUCGUGCCUGUUUAACUUUGUUGAGUUGGACUAUUUGUACGUACAGGACGUUGUUCAAAAGUGGUCGUCUUUAAAACCUGGCCGACACCAAGCUAUUAAAUGCCGAAUAGAAAUGUAACUAUUUUACAAUUGUAACAAUGAAUAGAGACUAAAAGAAGUGUUCAUUCUUAACAUCGAAUCGAUUUAUCUGAGGGAGGUCGUUAAAAAUGAGAAUACUGCCCGAGUGUGUGAUAUGAGUCACCGAGUUGCAUGAGUUUAUUUUGUCCGGCCCGGCCCAGAAAGCUCUGAGACUGCAUGUUGAGACCUCUCGGUCGAAAAAUGCAACAAGUGGAGGUUUAGAUCGGCCCCGACUCCCUUUUCGACGUUAUCAUUUUCAAUUGGGUUUCCCGUUCCAAGUCGUCAAGGCGGGCGAGAAAACGACGUGCAGUUCUUUAAGUCGUAAGCUGGCAAUUCCAACCACGAAGCGGUGAAAUGAUCGUAACCGAAAAUUCACCGCCGACUUCCGAGACCAACUUCGCGUUUAUCUCGCUCUCGUUCAGGGAGUAGGGGCCUGUUUCAUGGAACAUCGUUAGUUUGAGAAGGUAUUAUUUGGGCCUCAUCAUGCAU